AUGGCAUUUAAUUUUAAAAACGCGGAAGACGUCGAGGCGUACUUGAAGAAUAUUUAUACCGAGUAUAGAUUCGGGUGUGAAAGUGAAAAAAAUCCAAAUGCUUGUCAUCUUCUGGGUGAUUAUUUAGAAGGUAUAACUCGAGAUUUUGAGAAAGCUGCUGAGACUUUUAAAAGUAAUUGCGAUGAGAGAAAUUGGCCGAGAAGUUGCGCUAAAUACGGCGGAUAUGUUGGUGUUGGCUGCGAGCUGGGUGACGGGAUCGGGUGCGUAAAAGCGGGUCUAUUAGCAACAAGCCCGAGAUAUAAAUUCCUGGACAACCGAGCGGAGCAAGUGGCCCUGGGGAUGAAGAUGCUCUCAAAAGGGUGCUUCGAGCACGACAGAGAUGAGGGUUGCUUCUAUCUCUCCGGGAUUUUCCUGGGCGGUCUCAAGGACGACGUGGAGCCAAAUCUGACAGAAGCUUACAAAUUGUCUAUAAAGUCUUGCGAGGCGGGGAACCCUUACGCGUGUGCUAAUCUCUCGCAGAUGCACGCGCGAGGCGAAGGCGCCGAAAAAAACGAAUCUCUUGCAGAGUUGUUUAAAGAACGGGCGCUCGUGCUUCACAAAGAGCUUAAAAAAGUCCAAAAGCAAAUCGAGUUCGGGCAAGGUAUCGAUGUGUAA